GUUCUUCCAAAUCAGUAAUGGCGUUUUGGUUUGACCUCCAUCGAAGUCAUUCUCUGCAAGUUCUGGUUUUUCUGGUGUUUCUCGUCUGUUUGAGCUUUGGUAUCGUGGAUUCAGAAGACGGGGCAACACUGUUGGAGAUCAAGAAGUCAUUCAGGGAUGUGGACAAUGUGUUGUAUGACUGGACAGAUUCACCAUCUUCAGACUAUUGUGUGUGGCGAGGGGUAAUGUGUGACAAUGUCACCUUCAAUGUUAUUGCACUUAAUCUCUCUGGAUUGAAUCUUGAUGGGGAAAUUUCACCUUCAAUGGGUGACCUGAAAAGCCUACUCUCCGUUGAUUUAAGGGGAAAUUGCCUUUCUGGACAGAUCCCAGAUGAGAUUGGGGAUUGCUCGGCUUUGAAAAGCUUGGACUUGUCAUUCAACGCGUUGAAUGGAGACAUACCAUUUUCAAUUUCAAAGUUGAAGCAACUAGAAUACCUGAUAUUGAAAAAUAAUCAGUUGAUUGGUCUCAUUCCUUCAACCUUGUCUCAGAUUCCAAACUUGAAGAUUUUGGACCUGGCACAGAAUAAGCUGAGCGGGGAAAUUCCAAGGCUCAUAUAUUGGAACGAAGUUUUGCAAUAUCUGGGAUUGCGAGGGAACAACUUAGUUGGUACACUCUCUCCUGAUAUGUGUCAGCUAACAGGGUUGUGGUAUUUUGAUGUUAGAAACAAUAGUUUGACUGGUACCAUUCCUGAGAACAUAGGCAAUUGCACUGCCUUCCAGGUCUUGGAUUUGUCUUACAAUAAACUGACUGGAGAGAUUCCAUUCAAUAUUGGGUUCUUGCAAGUAGCUACGUUAUCUUUGCAAGGAAAUCAGCUUUCAGGGCAGAUCCCAUCAGUCAUUGGCUUGAUGCAGGCACUCGCAGUGUUAGAUUUAAGCUGCAAUACGUUGAGUGGACUGAUCCCUCCCAUCCUUGGAAAUUUGACUUACACAGAGAAAUUGUAUCUGCAUGGAAACAAGCUGACUGGAUCCAUUCCCCCAGAGCUUGGGAAUAUGACAAAGCUCCACUAUCUGGAACUGAACGACAAUCGACUCACUGGGCAUAUCCCUCCCGAACUUGGGAGGCUUACGGACUUGUUUGACCUAAAUGUUGCUAACAACAACCUUGAUGGGCAUAUACCUGAUAAUCUUAGCUCAUGCACAAAUCUCAACAGCCUCAAUGUGCACGGGAACAAAUUGAAUGGGACCAUCCCUCCUGCAUUUCAGAGACUGGAAAGUAUGACUUAUUUGAAUCUAUCCUCUAACAAUCUUAUGGGUUCCAUUCCAAUUGAGCUGUCCCGUAUUGGUAAUUUGGAUACUUUAGACCUCUCAAGUAAUAGGAUUAGUGGUUCCAUACCUUCUUCCCUUGGUGACUUGGAACACCUGCUAAAACUGAAUUUAAGCAAGAAUGAGUUGACUGGUUUUAUACCAGCCGAGUUUGGUAAUCUAAGAAGUGUCAUGGAAAUAGAUCUGUCAAAUAACAACAUUUCUGGUCCAAUACCACAAGAGCUUGGUCAGCUUCAAAAUGUUUUAUUGUUGAAAGUGGAGAACAACAAUUUAUCAGGAGAUGUAAUGUCUCUGGUCAAUUGCCUCAGUCUUACGGUCCUAAAUGUAUCUUAUAAUAACCUGGUUGGGGAUAUUCCUACGGGCAAAAACUUCUCGAGGUUUUCACCAGAUAGCUUCAUUGGAAAUCCAGGUCUGUGUGGCUACUGGCUCAGUUCUCCAUGCCAUGCAUCUCAUCCAACUGAGCGAGUCACAAUUUCUAAAGCAGCUAUACUUGGGAUUGCUCUGGGUGCCCUGAUCAUUCUUCUUAUGAUCUUAGUUGCAGCAUGCAGGCCACAUAAGCCACCAUCUUUUAUGGAAGGAUCAAUAGACAAACCAGUUAAUUAUACAUCACCAAAGCUCGUGAUCUUGCACAUGAACAUGGCACUUCAUGUGUAUGAAGACAUUAUGAGGAUGACUGAGAACUUGAGCGAAAAGUAUAUAAUCGGUUAUGGUGCAUCAAGUACAGUGUAUAAAUGUGUUCUUAAGAAUUGCAGGCCUGUGGCUAUUAAGAAGCUGUACUCUCACUACCCCCAAUGCCUAAAGGAAUUUGAGACAGAGCUUGAGACAGUCGGUAGCAUCAAGCAUCGUAACCUUGUCAGCCUCCAAGGAUAUUCUCUCUCCCCAUCAGGGAAUCUUCUCUUUUAUGACUACAUGGAAAAUGGUAGCCUCUGGGAUCUCCUUCAUGGUCCUACAAAAAGGAAAAAGCUUGAGUGGGACACCC